AUGGCUUUCGCCGCGACUGUGAUCAUGCGCCCUCUGCGGGUGCUGAUUCUUCCGUUGCGGCAGAGCAGACGAGUGCUCGCACCAGCGCCCUGCACGUUGCUGCCCGUGCUGCUGUCUACUCUGCUGCUGCUCGCGACUGUUGGCUUUGCGGCCUCUCUGGAAGCGCAAUCGCAGCGUUCAGAUCUCCUGCACAGGCCUCCUUAUUCCCUUGUGCGCCUCUUUUCCCGCCCAUCCCCCUCCCCAUCACCCACCUGGCUGGCCCCCUGGCAGCACAGGGAGCACGCGCAGGGCAGAGUGCUUCUAGGGGAGUCGGGGCAUGUGCUGACGGCGGCUCUACUGCACCAUACUGCUGUGCAUGGGUGUGAUGCUGAUCAUGCCACAUACCACAUGCACCAGCGCCACCGGGACAAGCACCGCAUCCUCACAGCCUUUGCCCCCCCGCUGCCCUCAGGAGCAGCAGCAGCAGCAGUAGCAACUGCUGCAGCUGGUGCGCGCAGACUGCAAGAGUCGCCUGCAACAGCAGCAGCAGCAGGUGCAGCUGCCAAAGGCAUUGCAGCGUUUGUCCUGGGAGGCCGAACCAUCCCAUAUGGGCUGUACUAUUUGAACGUGUCGCUCUCAUCGCCUGAGCGUUCCUUCUCUGUCGUCUUUGACACAGGCAGUGACAUGUUGUGGGUGCCCUGUGACUGCAUCCAGUGUGCCACCGACUCCUCCCUCGUUCCCCUGAGCGCCCCCUACCGCCCAGAGAACUCGCUUACUGCACAGCCCGUCAGCUGCAGCAGCCCUCUCUGCCCCACCGGCCGCCCCAACAUCGGCUGCGGUGUCUCCCCCAACCUCACCCGCACUCCCACCACCAUCUCCCGCUCUGCUCAGCCCGGUUCUCCCACCAUUGUGGUUCCAGAGCCUCUACCGCUCUCAACCUCCUCCAAUGCCUCUGAUUCUCUGAUGGGCUCACUACCACUGGCUGCUGCUGCUGAUUGGCCCUCUCCAAGUGAUACGUGUCAGUAUGUGAUUCGCUAUGGGGAUGGCAGCAGCACGGAGGGGACUUUGGUGACUGAUGUGAUUAACCUGAGUGUGACGCAAGCGGGGGCGGGCGCAGUGGCAGCUCCCACGUCAGCGUCGGCUGUGCCAGGUGGCGGUCAGCCAUUGGAGGGGUGGGCAGGGAGUGGGCGCAGCGCUGUGAGCCCACGGGUGCUGUUUGGUGAGCAACAUGGUGCAAGCAAGGUUGCUGAUGCCCUCUCCUCCUCCACCACCCUUUCCCCCCCCCAGCCCUUUGCUGCUGCUGUGCCCUUCGUCUCCAUUCACUCUCCCAUCGGCCGCCUCCUCCUCCUCUUCCCCUGUCACACCCACAUGUGCCCUUCAGUCUCCCCUCUCCCCCUAUUCU